GCGCCGGACGGGGAGAAGCGAGCGCUCGGGCCAGUGCGCGCGACGCGGCCGGAAUGAUGAACCCGAUCGCGCUCGGAAUGGCGGGGUGAAACCUGAUCGCGAGACCCCGGAGGAGUGACCGAUCGACCUACCUACCUACCGGCGCGCGCGCCCUUAAAGAGAAAGGAGGGGAAAAAAGGAAAAGAAGAAAUGGCUUCUUCCUCCUCCGCCGAACUCAUUAGCGCCGAGGAGAUCAAGAGGGAGAGCCCAAGGACGAUGCUGGACGAGCUCGCGCCGCUCCCGCCGAGCGUGGAGGAGAGCGCGCCCUCGUCCUGUGUGGCCUCGCCGCUCGCCUUCUCCCCCGAGCAGGUGGCGUGCGUGUGCGAAGCGCUGCUGCAGGGCGGCGACGUGGAGCGGCUCGCGCGCUUCCUCUGGUCUCUGCCGCAGAGCGAGCUGCUGCGCGGCAACGAGAGCAUCCUGAAGGCGCAGGCCAUCGUCGCCUUCCACCAGGCGCGCUACCAGGAGCUCUACUGCAUCCUGGAGAGCCACAGCUUCAGCCCGGCCAACCACUCCUCGCUGCAGGACAUGUGGUACAAAGCGCGCUACAGCGAGGCGGAGAAGGCGCGCGGCAGGCCGCUGGGCGCCGUGGACAAGUACCGCCUGCGCAGAAAGUACCCGCUGCCCAGGACCAUCUGGGACGGCGAGGAGACCGUGUAUUGCUUCAAGGAGAAGUCGCGCAACGCGCUCAAGGACAUGUACAAGAGGAACCGCUACCCGUCGCCGGCCGAGAAGAGGAACCUGGCCAAAAUCACGGGGCUGUCGCUGACCCAGGUCAGCAACUGGUUCAAAAACAGGAGGCAGAGGGACCGGAACCCCUCCGAGGCGCAGUCGAAAAGUGAAUCAGAUGGAAAUCACAGCACAGAGGAUGAGUCGAGUAAGGCUCAGGAGGACCUGUCUCCUCGUCCCCUCUCCAGCGGCUCCACGGGUUCAACCACCCAUGGGUCUAGCCCUGCAGUAGUUUACUCUGAUGGUACCACCACUGUCAUCCAGCAAAUAGGAGAUGUCAAAAUGUCUCCGCUUUCGGCAGGAAUGGGCUUCAACGGUGACAUGGCAAGCGUCAACUCUCACUAUCUCAAUGGUGGAGCCUAUGUUCAGUCGCAUGGCAACAACAGCGUCCUGAAUGGACUUGGAGCCACAGGUGGCCACUUCUUGACCUUUGAUCACCAGAGGGUCUCUCAUGCCCAGGAAAGGCUAUUGGGUGGCUCCUAUGCCUCUUAUUCAAUGGAGGCCCCAGAAACCACAGUUGGAAAACUAGGGGGCAUGCAAACUCUGGUUUCCCAUUCAGAAGAUGGGGCACCACCUUCAGUAGUCACCUUCGCCACAACCCCUUCUUCAUCCUCUGCUACCUCUGGAUCACCUCAUCUUAGCAGCUAUAGUAUGGUCAACCUCUCUGGGGUUGAGAACAACCUGGGUCUUCCUCCUUUAUUGUUACCCCCAUCAUCUACAGCACCCUCUCAUGGCUCUACUCCUCUGGAUGGUGUGGUCAGCGACUCCUCCCAGCAUUCGGGCCAGCCCCUGCUCUACACGCUUAACCAGGUAGUCAAGCAAGAGCCGCUGGACAUUGGUGUGGGCUACACGUAUCCCUCUGGCAUGCCCUUAGAUCAAACUGGUAACCUGGGCUACACUGCCUCUCUCUUUCUGUCCUCCAACCUCGGACCCUCACCCGACAACAGCAGCCCUCUUGCGCCUGCAGUCACGGCUGCCGUCACCUCCGUCCUGUCCAGCACAGAGGGUCACACCACUCUGACACAUGCUACCCGUGGACUCCAGGAGGGUGGAAGCACUCUGUCCUCAGACUACACGACUCAAGAUACUCAACUGCCCCUGUCCAACAACCUGGAAGUUCCUGUAGGGCAUGGAGAGGGGCCAGUGUGCGGGGAUAUGGACAUGGAGGGCAAAGAGCUGGCCAAGCUGCAGACUGUGCAGAUGGAUGCAGACAGUGACCUCUGACCCAUGUGAUCUCAUCACUGGAAGAGCUGUGUUUCAUGAGUGUUUGGUUGGUUUUCUUGCACCCCACUGUGGCCUAUUUAGGAGGUCUCCUAUGCACAUGGCAGUCUCAAACUCAAAUACCUUGCUAUUUCUUGGACAAGAUGUGUACAAAUGAGUGAACAAAAUGAGCAGUGCCUUUUUCGACCCCCAAAAAUGUAGCCCACUUGCACUCAGAAUGGCUGCAGAAUGUACUUGUUGAUGCACUGACCUUAUGAAGAUUAUGUCUCAGCACUGUCAUUUCUCUCUUACAGUAAGGGAGACAUUAGUCAGGACAGAGAGAGAGAUGGAGAGAGAGAGAGCGAGAAAGUGAGAGUGCGAAGGAAUGAGAGACUUGCAGAAAAACACAGCAAAAAUGACAGAUGUGUUUGACGAGUCUAGCAAACAUCUCUGCACAAUCAUUGCAGCUUUAUAACAAUUCUUUUAUUUUCCUCUUCAAUAUUUUAUCAAAGCACAGAUGUUUAAUUUUUUCUGUUGUCGUUUGGUCUUUUGUAUUUAAUUUUUUUUGAGCGUGAAAUAGUAAUGUGAACAAUAUUUUGUUAUGUUUUGCUUUUUAAAUUUCAGUUCAGCAAUGACUUUUCGAUUUAAAAAAAACAUUUUGACAA